AUGAAUGAAGCUACUUCAACAGGGGAUGAUAAUAACCAGAACUUGAGCGUGAUCAACAGUUCAAAGGAUAGUGCUUCUACUAGCGCAGAAUCAUCAAACUAUGCAGAAUUGAUAGAAAGUUUGACGCGUCAAUUGCGUAUAUUGGAAAGCGAAAAUUUGGAAUUCAGAAGGUCAAUCCCUCAUCUGAAGGAUUACAAAGGAGAAGACUGCACUAAAUUCGUCACUGGAAAAUUAAACGAAUUGGAGGAACAUAAAGGAAAAUAUAGAAGAGCAGUUGACCGAAUGGCUGAGCUUAACAAACAAUUUCAACAUUUUAAAGUUGAUGCAAAUGAAAAAGCUCAAAAGAGUGAAAAGCAGCUUUAUGACUUGAGGACAAUUGCUGAUGCUCUUGAAAAUGAGAAUAUCAUGGUUAUUUUUUUAUAUAAGACAUUUGGGGUUAGGACACUAAUCAAGGUCCUCCAACAGUCAAGGGGAAGACAUCUUUGA